GAUAUUUGUCGGUGCCUUUUUUGUACAACAUCAAACCAUUGAUAGAGGGCUGAGGGUCAUAGUAUAACAGAUACCAUAGCGGAACGGGAUGGUUAUAUUAUCUGUUGUCAAUGUUUUUGUAUGCGUUCAUGGGUGACUUUCAAAGAUAAGCACUAUAAAAUAUAUUGCUCUCUUAUAGUCAAAUGUUGUCUCUUUCACUUUUAUUUCACGUUUUAUUAUACAUACUAUGACCCAU